ACUUCUGUUUAUUUUUAUUUCACUUGGAGCAGAAUCAUCAGAUCCAUAUGGGGGAAGAAACUGCCACGCCACGUCCAGGGAAGUCCAGAACGGAUUCCCUUUCCAUUGUUUUCCCCCCCUGAAGGAGGAACGAAGGCGCUCAGGUAAACGAGCUGACGACGCGGGGGACGGCGACCGGAACCACAUCCCCGCCACCAUGAGGGUGCGCUCCUGUGCUCCACACACUUUCUCCCCAGUCAGCUUCAGCCACAACACGUGUAACCGCUCGCUGGCCAGUGCCUGGGUACACCUGGCUAACAGUGAUUCUACAACAGUCCUGUAGCAGUGUCCAGUUUAUUAGGAACACCUAGCUAAACUAUAAUGAAACGCGCAUGUGUUAUUGUUUACCACAACCGUUUUGGGGGCGGGGACCGUGAAGCGUAGUAUCGCCGUGUUGAAUGUUGGGUAGCGGUGUUUAUGCGCCAUGUUUUGAGGAUCCUCGCUGCUUCUGUGGGCGAGUUGGAGGCAGUGUGCUGAGUCUGAAGACCGAGGCCAUGGUGGGUCAGUACUGCUGCAUCAAGUCCUGCCGUAGCAGGUCACAUGAGCGUUCAGGGAGAAAACUGGACAAAGGAAUACGUUUUUUCACGUUUCCUAAGUGGAGAAGACACGAAGGCAAGAAGAUUGCGGAGGUGACAAGAAGGCGCAGGUUGGCCUGGGUAGCAGCAGUCAGAAGGGAAGACAUCACUUUUGACAACAUCUCUGUAGCAAUGAAAGUGUGUUCUCUGCAUUUUCACUCAGGUAAACCAGCUUAUGAGAUGUUGGAGUCGGAUCCAGACUGGGUCCCAUCACUACACAUAGGUGAAAGUGGGGAAAAUGGCAGGCAGGCCGAGCGUCUCUGGCUGUCUGCGCAUUCAGACACCAGCCAGAAACAAAGAUGGACGACAAAGAGGAGACAUGCAGAUGUGUUGAAGCCGACACAGAGAGAAUCAGAAGCAGCAACAGGUGCUGGCAGGCCAGCGGCACUCCCCUGGAGCAAAGUGAAGUCUCUGCUGCAGUCCGUCAUGCAGGACAAAACCAACGACAACCCGCAGCCUGAAGACGAGAGGCGCAGCCGACCGGGGGCUGCAGAGGAGACAGACCACAGCUUCAGAGACUUUGUCCGAGGCUCCCUCCAGGCGUCUCUGGAGGCCUCCAGCCUGUCGAGGGCCUACACACAGAGGCCGUCCUCCGUCUCUGUGGAGCUCAGCUUUAAGCUUCCACCUCUGGAGAAGGAGAAUCUGACCUGUGGGGGGUCCUCCCCCCCCUCCUCCUCCUGUCUGAACUGUGUGCAGCUGCAGAGGAGGAUCGCAGAGCUGGAGGAGAAGCUGCUUUGUCUCACUGGAGGACAGGAGGCUCCCAUCCAGCCAGAUCAGGUCCUGCAGAGUCCUGAACCAGUCCACACAGAGGAGGAAGACACUCGGUGGAUGGAGCCUCUCUCUCCUCAGGAGAGUCUCAAUGAAGAUGAUCCAGCCAUGGACUUGGCUGAGGAUGCACCCCCCGCCAGCCCUGGCGUUUGUCAAAAGAGCAUGUCCAAGCCUCGCCCAACCCCUUGCUUCAACCAGGACUGGCUCAGGAAGUUCUGGUUCCUCCGUUACUCCCCAAGCCACAACGAGAUGUGGUGCCACGUGUGUCGGCUCCUCGCAAACAAGUCCCACCAUAACCUGGCUUUAAUUAAAGGCUCCAAGGUGUUUAAGGUCCACUCCAUCAAGGUGCACCGUGACAGCCUCUGCCAUAAAGCCUGUGUGAAGCGCUACAUGAUGUACAUAAGUGAGCUGCAGCCCUGAAGCCUCACUGUUGGAUCUUACUCUUGUUUAGUUUUGGCAGGGACCUGGGAAGGUGUCAGCUGAGGAACCACGGGGCAGUGAAAUGUUCACUGUCCACCUCAGGACAACGUUUUAACCCUGCAGAUAAAUGGAGAAGUUGAACUGUUUUCCUGUUGUUCAGAUGAUUCAGUGUGUACAAUUUUCAUUCAGUUGGAAAAUGCAGAUGGAUUUGUGGCACAGCGAAGUCAUCUCAAAAGAUUCAAUUUUCAAUUCAAUGUUAUUGUACAGAUCACAGGACACUUUACAAAGUAAGCUCUAGACUUUACUAUUGUUAUUAUUAUUAUUAUAAUAGAGGAAAAACCCAAAUCUGGUUCUUUUUGCUGUUUCCCACAAAGAGACCAGCAGCAUCAGUGAAUGUGGUGUCCUCAAUGUAAUGUGUGUGAGUCCAGACCCUGGUCCAGCUUAUCGCUCUGUGCCGUAGACCUUCACUGUUGUUCACCAGCUUUCAACCACAAUGCUGAAACAUGGGAGGCUGUCUGUUUCCGGCCAACAGCUCCAACACACCGCUCUGUGCAGGAGCUGGUGGAGCAGCGUGACCAGAGCAGAGACCAGCGACGCUGUCUCACUGCAGACGGCCGCUCCCAGCCUGUUUGGUGGAAACAGGCGGGCCUUAGUUUUGCUGUUAGUCUCUGGGUGGGAUUUGUGCAAAAUAAAAAAUGCACAUAAAUCACCGGCCUUGAGCUUUAGGUCUCAUGCCAUCCAGUGUUUCUGUGCUGAGCUGACCCUGUGCUUUCACUGUGUUUUCAUGCAGAUGAACCCACCAGACGGUUGUUCACAUUUCCCCAUGUUCGGUGGUUGAUGUUCUGACCCGUGUUGUUCUGCAGCAGCUGUAUGUUGCCUUUGUUUAGGGCUCAGCCUGCUGUGCUCUGUGUUUAUUGUACAGUUUGUGAACUUUGAUUGUAUGCAAAUAGUAACACUCCUGUAUUUAAAAUAAAGCCAUACACCACUA